AUGGCCCCCUUAUCCCCCGCAAAAGCACUCGCCAAAGUCCAACAACUGCAGAAGGGACAGGAUGGACCGAACUCGCAUCUGGCCAUCAUCCGUAUCAGCGAACCGAUCACCUCGGCGUUGGAUAUCGCCGAGUUGAAGCGGUCGCCUUCGAAGCGCACGUCGGAUGCAUCCGCAGACGCAUUGGACAACCCGACUCCGGCGUCGUUGGAGGCGGAUCUGACGCAUUACAAGGAGCUAUUCUCGAAACUCCGUUUCUCGUACCUCGAACAGGUGACCAAGGAGAAAUUCCUGCGCGCCAUCGUCGGCGAUCCACCCCUCGUCGUGAGCCAUAAUGAGAACGUCGAACUAGAGGCAGAGUUGGCGCAAGUCAAGCAGGAGCUCAAGAAACGAAAGGAGGAGGUGCGGAUCAUGGUGGAAGAGAUGGAAAAGACAGGGCGAGAGCUUGCAAGACGGUACAAGAACGUCCAGCUGCAGACAACCCAGCUGGAGACCCUCCCCGAAAAAAUUGCCAAUCUCGAGAACACAAUUGCGUCGUUGCGCGCGUCCCAGGCUGCCAACGCUACUGUCGCUGAUCCGAACAAUCCCUCGUCCUCACAGAAUCUCCCUCUCCCUGCUACACUCUCGUUGCUCGCGGAACGCGAGGCCGAGUUAGCUGCCUUGGACAGGCAGUUGGCCUCCUUACACAACACCCUCCCUCGGAAGACGAGGGAGGCCGAGGCCAUAGAGCGCGAACUAGGCGUGUUGGAACGAAGAAAGGGUGAAGCUCUUGCGCAAGCACGCGAGGCAAAGAGGAAGAAGCGUGAAGGAGAGAGCGACGGUCUUGAGGAGAUGGGCAGGUGGUACCGGGGGGCUGAGAUGAGCUUGAAGAAGCUCGUCGAUGUGGAAGGCUAA